GAUCCCUCGUGUAAGAGUGAGGUGGAGGAGGACAUUCCAGUCCAUGUGACCACAGAUAAUCCGAGUAAGAAGCCUGAGGGAAACAUCAUACUAUCUCUAGAUUGUAAAGAAGAAGACAACAAUGUCAUGCAGCGCUCUUCAGGAGAAAACCAAGUUCCAAUGAUUGUGCAUCCAUUACUUCUCACUGCAGAUCUGUCAUACAAUCCUCCCAAUCACGGGGAACCUUCUCCUGACGAAUCACAGGUUGAUACCCCAAAUAUGGGGCAAAAAGGCAGUAAAAGGUUUCAUUGUGGAGAAUGUGGAAAACAGUUCACAUAUAGAUCAGAACUUUCUUUACACAGAAGUAGUCACACAGGAGAGAAACCAUUUUCAUGUUCAGAAUGUGGACAAUGCUUUUCAGAUAAAUCUAAUCUUGUUACACAUAAGAUAAAUUACACAAGAGAGAAGCCUUCUUCCUGUGUAAGUGGGAAAUGUUUUGCAGAUAAAUCACAUCUUGUUACUCAUGAGAGUCUUCACACCAGAGAAGAGCCAUAUUCAUGUUCAAAAUGUGGGAAAUGCUUUAGAAGUAAAUCAAAGCUUUUAACACAUGAGAGCAUUCACACAGGAGAUAAACCAUUUUCAUGUUCAGAUUGUGGGAAAUGUUUUACCACAAAAUCAAAUCUUGAUCAACAUGUAAGAAUUCACACAGGAGUGAAGCCAUAUUCAUGUUCAGAAUGUGGGAAAUGUUUUACCAAGAAAUCAAACUGUGAUCAACAUAAGAGAUGUCACACAAGAGUGAAGCCAUAUUCAUGUUCAGAAUGUGGGAAAUGUUUUACCACAAAAUCAAAUCUUGAUCAACAUGUAAGAAUUCACACAGGAGAGAAGCCAUAUUCAUGUUCAGAAUGUGGGAAAUGUUUUAUCAAGAAAUCAAGUCUUGAUCAACAUAAUAGAAUUCACACAGGAGAGAAGCCGUAUUCAUGUUCAGAAUGUGGGAAAAGUUUUACACUGAAAAUAAACCUUCAUCAACAUAAUAAAAUUCACACAGGAGAGAAGCCAUAUUCAUGUUCAGAAUGUGGGAAAUCUUUUACACUAAAAAUAAGCCUUCGUCAACAUAAGAAAAUUCACACAGGAGAAAAGCCAUAUUCAUGUUCAGAAUGUAGGAAAUGUUUCACAGAAAAAAAGAGUCUUAUUAAACAUCAGAGAAUUCACACAGGAGAGAAACCAUUUUCAUGUUCAGAAUGUGGGAAAAGUUUCACAGAAAAAAAAAGUCUUACUAAACAUCAGAGAAGUCACACAGGAGAAGAGCCAUAUUCAUGUUCAGAAUGUGGGAAAUGUUUCACAGAAAAAAAGAGUCUUACUAAACAUCAGAGAGUUCACACAGGAGAGAAACCAUUUUCAUGUUCAGAAUGUGGGAAAUGUUUUUCCUAUAAAUCAAGCCUUGGUAUACAUAAGAAAAUUCACACAGGAGAAAAGCCAUAUUCAUGUUCAGAAUGUGAGAAAUGUUUUAAACAUAAAUCAGAGCUUAUAGAACACGAGAGACAUCACACAGGAGUGAAACCGUAUUCAUGUUCAGAAUGUACAAAAUGUUUUACCCAGAAAUCACAUCUUAAUCAACAUCAGAGAAUUCACACAGGAGAGAAGCCAUAUUCAUGUUCAGAAUGUGGGAAAUGUUUUACAAACAGAUCAAGUCUUGUUCUACAUGAAAGAAUGCACACAGGAGAGAAGCCAUAUUCAUGUUCAGAAUGUGGGAAAUGUUUUACCAGAAAAUCUGGUGUUGAUCAACAUAAGAGAAUUCACACUGGGGAGAAGCCAUGUUCAUGUUCAGAAUGUGGGAUAUGUUUUACCAAGAAAUCCGCUCUUGAUCAGCACAAGAAAAUUCACACAGGAGAGAAACCGUAUUCAUGUUCAGAAUGUGGGAAAUGUUUUGCAAAAAAAUCAAGUCUUGUUCUACAUCAGAAAAGUCACAUAGAAGAGAAGACAUUUUGAUGUUUGGAUAUGAAUAAUGUUUUACAAGGAAAUUAAAUAUUGAAGCAUCAGAGAAUUCACAUAGGAAACCAUAUUCAUGUAUGAAAUGUGGGAAAAAUUGGACUUUAUUCACGCAAGAAUAUAGACCUAUUGCGUUGUUAAACAAACAACAAAAGAA